UGAAAACCGAGUUUAUUCACAAAGCGACCUAUUCAUGUUAAAACUAUCUAACACCGACGUCGACAUCCAUUUCCGUCAGAUGGCACGUGUGAUUUUGUUUUGAUAAAAACCCUGUGAAAGUGUGAAGAAAAAUUGUGAAAAUGAGGAAGAAAAAGAGUAAAGUCAUUCGUUCAAUGAAAACAAAGCAAAAUGUUGCACAAGAGGAGGACUACAAAAAGUCACCACAUUCAUUUGUGUUUCACAGAGGUCAUAUAGGUAAAAAUGUCCUACAACUCAUCAAAGACAUGCGUCAAGUGAUGGAACCCUAUACAGCUUCUAAACUUCAGGUCAGAAAGAAGAAUAUACUGAAAGACUUUGUCGGUAUAGCUGGGGAUUUAGGUGUGUCACACUUCCUGAUAUAUACGAAAUCGGAUAUUAACGUCCACAUGAGAGUGUGUCGAUUAUCACGAGGACCAACAUUAACCUUCCGAGUGAAAGAAUACGCACUGUGUAAAGAUGUUGUGUCCUCCCUGAAAAAGCCAAACAUGGACCCCAAACAAUUUAAUCAUCAUCCAUUAUUAGUGAUGAACAAUUUUAAUGGGGAUGAUAUGCAUCUGAAGUUAAUGUCUACAAUGUUUCAGAACAUGUUUCCAUCUAUCAACAUUAACAAGGUAAAUCUGAAUAACAUAAAGAGAUGUGUAAUGAUGAAUUACAACAGUGAGGAUAAGACUAUUGACUUCAGGCACUACAAUGUGAAGGUUGUACCAGUGGGAUUGAGUAAAGGUGUCAAGAAGUUAAUUAAAGCUGAAAUUCCAGACCUGAGCCGCUACAAUGAUGUCAGCGACUUCAUCACCAGGGGAGGUAACUUGUCAGAGAGUGAAGCAGAGCUGGAUGGAGAACACAAUGAGGUGGUCCUACCCCAGGACAUCAGAAGUAGGGGAAACAUCAGGGCCGCUAAAAGUGCAAUCAGAUUAACAGAGAUUGGUCCCAGAAUGACCUUACAACUGUUGAAGAUAGAGGAUGGAGUGUGUCAGGGAGAGGUCAUGUAUCAUGAACUGGUGGUCAAAACAGAGAAGGACAAACGGGACCUGAAGGCGCUCAGGGAAUCGAAAAGGAAACUCAAAGAACUCCGUAAGCGACAACAAGAGGAAAAUGUCCAGAAGAAAAAAUUAGAAAAUGAAGACCAUAAAAAGAAAUGCCUGAAAGGAAUGAAGAAAGAAAAUGAAGACAUGGAAAAACCAGAAUUAGGAGAUGAUGAUGACUAUGAGAAUAUUGAAAAUGAUGAUGAUGAUGAUGAUGCAGCUUACUACGAGGAGGAAGUUGGGCAAGCUCCUGAUCCAGAUUUAUUUCGAAGAAACAGUCGAAAGAGAAAGCACACAUCAAGAUCUCCAUUUCCAAACAAAAAGAGGAGGUCUGAUUCGGGAGAGGGGAAACGGAACAAAACUGACUUUAAAGACAGUAGGAAGAAAAAUACAGGCAAAUUUUCUGGGCAAUCAAAAAAAGAUUUGUCUUGGAAAACAAAGGGUGAAAAAUCAAAACACAAAAACAGACCAGAGAUCAAAAAGGGCAAAAGGUCGGGGCAGAUAACCAAGAAACCUAAAUUUAAAGCAAAGCACAAAGGGAAAAAAUAGUAUUUAAGAUAAAAAGAUUUUAUGGAAAUAAAAAAAUGAAAAAAAAGAAUGUUUACGAGUUGAUUUUGUUUGACAUGACAAUGUUGAACAGGAGUAUUUGAACAUAUUUUAUUGUGUAGAUAUACAGGAGUUAUCGGGUUUGUCAGAACUUAACAGCAUUAGUAUGCCUCAACGUAUCA